AUGUUUGUCAUUCGCGUCGAGGGCACAAGCCUCGACUCCUUUGUCAGUGAAGCCAUUUCCAUAUCCAUACAUUUCAUGCAUCUUCAAUCAAUUAUCAAUUGCUCCCUCUGCUAUCCUUUAUCAAUCAGGUCAAAUGAUAUCGAGUCUCGAGACUGCACUGGAGAGCUUUCAGUUCUCCCUAUGCUGCUUGUAUAUAUACCGACUGGGAUCCUUUGUCAGCUCCCGAAUUCCGACCCAGUUUCCCCAGACACUUCACUUACUUCAACACUCGGUCCUUCACUUUUCCAUCAGAAUGACAAUGGCCUGUCGAUUCCAGUCCUUACCGAUGCAAGGGGCCAGAAGAUCCUGAAACCUAGCAGUCUCAAAUCCAGGCGCAAAGCUCCGAAACCGCCCAUUGCCUUGCCCGUGGUCUCUGCUCCCAACGAGGCUUCUGUCCAGCCCAUAAAGCCCCUUCUCAGCGGGCGUAAUCGCGUCGCGGCUCGACGUUCGACAUUACUGCCCCUGCGCACAGUUUCACAGCAGCGACUCGCGCUACUGACCGCGCAAUCAAGCGUCGUACCGCUUCCGACGCCAAAUCUCAAAAACCGUACAUCUUUCCUAGCGAGGUUGUCCCAAAGUCGUGUCAGCCCAGCAGUCCUCCGGUCUCUCGGGCUCCGGCGGUGGAUACCCGGAUCCGGUCUGCUGAGAUCGUCCAGACGAAGACCCGAGGACUGUGGCGACAUCUACAGCCUGCAAUCCAUGCUGGGACUUCGCGCCGCUGAAAGUAGCUUGUCUAAUGUCACACUCUUAUCGUUGGACCUGGAAUGGCGGCCGUCACCAGGCUCGUUUCAAAUCACCGAGAUCGGGAUCUCGGUGCUGAAGACGAAGAACAUCAGAGGUGCGGCUUUUGGGCCUUACGGGCAUGGUUGGUUCGCCAAAAUGGAGCAUCGUACGCAAUCUCCCACUGCUGCCAUUUGUUUCGGCACUGACCACUUAGAUCCAAAGCCAAUCGCUCCCUCUCUGUUCGCGAGCACCCAGAGACUUUCCCAUGUCCAGGCCAGAGAGGAGAUUGCAAGAGUCAUCGCAUCCUUGGACUCUGACAACGACCCGGGUCAAUUGGUCAUUGUCGGGCAGUCCGUAGAGGGAGACAUCCAGAGGCUGCGCAGAGAUCCUUUGUAUGCCAUUGACAUGAGAAAAUGCUCCGGCGCCGACAUGCCGUUCCAUUCCAUCCUGGAUACCUUCGACCUGGCGCGUGCAGCACGGCGCCGAGGCACCAGGUUUAGGACCCUCCGCCUAUCUGGCAUCGCUCGCACCGCCGGCAUCGAUCCAAAAUACUGGAUGAAGCAACGCGACCUGUUCGGCAAUGUUUCCGCGCUGGUCGGAGUCCACAACGCCAGCAACGAUGCCGCCUACGCUCUUAUGACGGCACUGCUGCUGGGCAUGAGGUGGAACGAUCUCGUCGGCUCGGAGGAGAAGCGAAUGGCGAGGGCACGCGUGUGGAAUACGAGUCGUGGCACCAGACUCCCUGCACAAGUGGCCGUCAAAACCUUCACCGACGAGGAGUGGAAGGCGUGUGCACCCGCGGCACGCGCUCGGAAAAAACGUUGGAGGACACAUCGCGAUCGAAGACAAGCGCGGACAGAAGAAGCUGAGAUGGAAGAGACGACGACGGAGAUCGAGAGACCCGACUGGCUGCAGUGGAUCACAUCUCUUUUCAGUCGGACUUGA